AUUGUAAUGUCCUCCUGUCACUCAAACGGCCCCGACGCCGUCGCACUGGCGCGCGCGGACACCUCUCCGUCAGCACGUCGUGUCCGCCAGGAUGACACGGCUGGCAACAGUUGCUGCGAGGCCUCACACACUGCUGCUGCUGCUGGAGGAGGAGGAGGUGGAUACACCGUCGCUAAAUGUUUUCCACUGGCGACCAGCAGCGACGUAUCUCCGAGCGUGCCCGCUUGUGUGUGUGCGUGUGUGUGUGUGUGUUGAUGAGCUGCAUCACUGUGUGUCUCAUUACAGCUGACAGCCCUGCUGGGGUGUCGAUCAGCUGCAUCCAGAAGCUGGAGCCUCCUGCAGGUCGCAUCUGGCGCCGCGGAAGCCGUGGAGAUAGGCCUGCAAGCAGAGACCGGUCCUCUCAUCCACCUCGGCCUCCGGGUCCUGCCCCUGGCCCACAGUCCGGGGCUGCUUGGUGAGGCGACUGGUUCGCCUCCCGACCCCCCCCCACACAGCCCUCCUUGCUACUUCAAAAAAGCAAAUUGUCCGCGGGGAUAAAUGAGUGAACCGGCCGCGGGGGAAAGGGCUGGGACAUGUACCAGAACCCCAACAGAAUGUCCUGGUUCAGCGGCUUCCUAGUCGCCAGGGUGGACGACCGCAAGACCGCGUGGGGGGAGCGCAAUGGCAAGAAGUCCAAGCGGAAGGGAGGCUCGUCCCUCUGCAACCCGCGUUACAUGAGCUGCCUGCGGGACCCGGAUGCAAUGGAGCCCCCUUCUGGAGCCCCCCUCCAUCAGCACCACCGCGGAGGGGUGGCCGGAGCCGCGGGCGGCGGCGGCGGGGGCAACUUCGGCGUCCGCUGCGGCUGGCAGGAGGACCACUACGGCAAAAGGGGAGGGGCUCCCGGGGAAGGGGUGGGGCUGAAAUCGGUCGACCUGGGCUUUGAGGACGGAAAGUUGAGGGGAGGGAGGAAAAGGGGAUGCAACGGCGGGGACGCGGGGGACGACGGCCCCGGCGGCGCGGCGGGGGCCGGGGUGGUGACGGCGGCGGACUGCUGGCUCAGGGUGGUGCAGGUGUUCCAGUCCAAAAAGUUCCAGUCGCGCAAGCUGGAGCGCCUCUACCAGCGCUACUUCUUCAGGCUGAACCAGAGCUCCCUGACCAUGCUCAUGGGGGUGCUGGUGAUCGUGUGCGGCAUCAUGCUGACCUUCCACUGUGUCCACGCCGCCCCUCACGUGGCCUACUCGUCAGCCCUGUCGGUGGCGAUGGCGCUCUUCAUGGCCCUCAUGGUGGUGUGCAACCGCAACGGCUUCCACCAGGACUACAUGUGGAUGGUCAGUUACCUGGUGAUCGGCGUCCUGCUGUCCGUGCAGGUGUUUGGCGUGCUCAUGGUGGCGCCCAGGAGCGCCUCGGAAGGCAUCUGGUGGUCCGUGUUCUUCAUCUACAUCAUCUACACGCUGCUCCCCGUGAGGAUGAGAGCGGCUGUGCUGAGCGGCGCGCUGCUGUCCGUCAUCCACGUGGUCACAACGUGGCAGAUCAAUCAGGAAGAUGAGUUCCUCUGGAAACAGGUAAGCGCCAACGUCCUGAUCUUCCUGUGCACCAACAUCAUCGGCAUCUGUACCCACUACCCUGCGGAGGUGUCCCAGAGACAGGCCUUCCAGGAGACCAGAGGGUACAUCCAGGCCAGGCUACACCUGCAGAGAGAGAAUCAACAGCAGGAACGUCUGUUGCUUUCAGUGUUGCCAAGGCACGUUGCCAUGGAGAUGAAGGCUGACAUCAAUGCCAAGAAGGAAGACAUGAUGUUCCACAAAAUCUAUAUCCAGAAACACGACAACGUCAGCAUUCUGUUUGCGGACAUCGAGGGUUUCACCAGCCUGGCGUCUCAGUGCACGGCGCAGGAGCUGGUCAUGACCCUCAACGAACUCUUCGCCCGCUUCGACAAGCUGGCGUCGGAGAACCACUGCCUGCGUAUUAAGAUUCUUGGUGAUUGUUACUACUGUGUGUCCGGGCUGCCGGAGCCCCGGGCCGACCACGCCCACUGCUGCGUGGAGAUGGGCGUCGACAUGAUCGAGGCAAUCUCGCUGGUGCGCGAGGUGACUGGGGUCAAUGUCAACAUGCGCGUGGGGAUCCACAGCGGGCGCGUGCACUGCGGCGUGCUGGGGCUCCGGAAGUGGCAGUUUGACGUGUGGUCGAACGACGUCACGCUGGCCAAUCACAUGGAGGCGGGGGGCAAAGCAGGGCGGAUCCACAUUACCAAAGCCACCUUGCAGUAUCUUAACGGAGACUAUGAGGUGGAACCGGGCUUCGGAGGGGAGAGAAAUGCGUACCUGAAGGACAACAGCAUCGAGACCUUCUUGGUUCUCGGCUGCAGCGAGAAACGGAAGGAGGAGAAGGCCACGAUGGCUCGGAUGCAGCGGACGACGAGAGCCAACUCCAACGAGGGUCUGAUGCCCCGCUGGGUCCCGGACAGAACCUUCUCCCGGACCAAAGACUCCAAAGUCUUCAGACAAAUGGGCAUCGAUGAGACCUCCAGUAAAGACAACCGCUGCGUCCAGGAGGCGAUGAACCCGGAGGACGAGGUGGACGAGUUCCUGGGGAGAGCCAUCGACGCCCGCAGCAUCGACCAGCUGAGGAAAGACCACGUGAAGAAGUUCCUGCUCACCUUCCAGACGUCCAGCCUGGAGAAAAAGUAUUCCAAGAAGGUGGACGAUCGUUUUGGAGGCUACAUUGCGUGUACUCUCCUUGUCUUCUGCUUCAUAUCCUUCAUACAGAUCGUUAUCUUUCCACACACCCCGGUCAUGUUGGGAAUCUACAUCAGUAUCUUCGUCAUUCUUGCCAACAUCCUUUUUAUUUGUGCCAUAUAUUCUUGCAUCAAGCUCUUUCCGGCUGCCAUGCAGACCGUAUCUAAGAAGAUCGUGCAGUCCCGCACCAACAGCACCCUGGUCGGAGUAUUUACCAUCAUCCUCGUCUUCAUCUCUGCCUUUGUUAACAUGUUUGCCUGUGACACGGUGGGCUUGGCACAGUGUGUCGCCGAGAAGCUGAACACGUCUGCAGCGCUGGUGACACCCUGUUUGAUCCGCAGCCUGAAUGUGUCCCCGGACGGGGGUCUGGAGAUCUGUCCCAGCAAAGGCCCCUCCUGCCCGUUCCCCGAGUACUUCAGCUACAGCGUGCUGCUGACCCUGCUGGCCUGCUCGGUGUUCCUGCAGAUCAGCAGCAUUGGGAAGCUGGCCCUCAUGCUGCUCAUCCAGCUUACCUUCCUGCUGCUGGUGGAGUGGCCACAAGUAGCACUGUUCGACAACGCAGACCUCUUUGUCACCUCCAAUGCCAUUGAUUUAAAUGAAACUAGUGCUCAAUGGUCCAGUUUCAAUGAAAGUACAAACCAGUGCCCGUUCGUUGUGACCAAAGUGUCCCUGAGGGUCAUGACUCCCGUGAUCCUCACCGUAUUCGUCCUCGCGCUGUACCUGCACGCGCAGCAGGUCGAGUCCACCGCGCGCCUCGACUUCCUGUGGAAACUGCAGGCCACGGAGGAGAAGGAGGAGAUGGAGGAACUGCAAGCCUACAAUCGCCGCCUCCUCCACAACAUUCUGCCCAAGGACGUGGCGGCUCACUUCCUGGCGCGCGAGCGGCGCAACGACGAGCUGUACUACCAGUCCUGCGAGUGCGUGGCCGUCAUGUUCGCCUCCAUCAGCAAUUUCUCUGAGUUCUACGUGGAGCUGGAGGCCAACAACGAGGGGGUGGAGUGCCUCCGGCUGCUCAACGAGAUCAUCGCCGACUUCGACGAGAUCAUCAGCGAAGACAAGUACAGGCAGCUGGAGAAGAUCAAGACCAUCGGCUCCACCUACAUGGCCGCGUCCGGCCUCAACGACUCCACCUACGACCGGGAGGGCCGCUCGCACAUCGUGGCGCUGGCCGACUACGCCAUGAGGCUGAGGGAGCAGAUGAAGUACAUCAACGAGCAUUCCUUCAACAACUUCCAGAUGAAGAUAGGUCUGAACAUCGGACCGGUGGUGGCCGGGGUCAUCGGCGCGCGGAAGCCUCAGUACGACAUCUGGGGCAACACGGUCAACGUGGCCAGUCGAAUGGACAGCACCGGCGUGCCCGACUGCAUCCAGGUGACCACGGACCUCUACCAGGUGCUCGCCAACAAAGGCUACGUGCUGGAGUACCGGGGCGUGGUCAAGGUCAAAGGCAAAGGGGAGAUGACCACCUACUUCCUCAACGAUGGACCGCCCAGCAGUUAGCAGAGGGGGGAGGCGGCCAUGCUGGGAGCAUCCUCCCCUCCACCACCACCACCACCCCCCACCCCUCCAGGUCAGAGACACGGCCCCAACUGAGCGAGGACUCGCAGCGCGAGACCCGUCGGCGUCACUUAAAGGACUUAGGAAGACUUGAAGGCGAUAUGGAAUGAAGGCGUGUCCAUGAUGAGAAGGACGUCCUGGUGAGAGGACGUCCUGAUGAGAAGGACGUCCUGAUGAGAAGGACGUCCUGGUGAGAAGAACCUGUGUUUGUCCUCAUGUCCGGCCUCCCUCUCAGGCUCCUUGAAAGAUGCAAAGUCUGUUUAUUUAAAACAACGCCUUUUAGCCUCUGAGAAGAUCACCGCUGUACAUACGGCUGCUUUUUAUUUUUACUUUUUCUUUUCUUCGGGUACAUUUCUUUUUGUUUUUACGACACACGAAUUACGAACAGGUACUCAUCAUGCUUUUGUUUCAGAAUUAUUUAUUUAUAUCUCGAUGUUUUGUGCAAAAGGUCCUUUAUGAAAAAGUGUGAAAACAUACGGGCACAAAUAUCUGGUUUAUUACACGUCAGAAGUGUGUAAUAUUUGUGUGGGUAUGACUAUAUCUAUAAACUGAGAAGGAAUAUAUUGACCAAAGACUAAAGUAUUUACUGAAAGCAAAGCAAGACAUGUAUUAUAUGUCGUCGCUAAAGUCAGCAAUGAUCACCUCCUCCGUUUUUUUGGGGGCAGAGACCUAACCCCCCCCCCCCCUCUCAUCUUUUGGGCCAACAGGUGUUUUCAUAAGAAUAUACACAAUUCUUUCUUUAUUUUCUCUGCCAUUCAGGCAGCAGGGAGAUGAUAACUUUAACUUUUGAAAUUGUGACAUCGCCCCCGAACCUCUUUAACGAAAUGACUUCAGACGACUUAAGGAUGUUUACUGGAAGGUGAAAUCUCUCUAUUUUGUGAAGAGCAGAAGCCGCGAUCAGGAUCGUCGCGCCGCGUUGCUUCCUUGCAGCUGGUUUCAGCUCCUCACAUCGCGUCCUCGCUGCUCCUUCGAUUUUCAAAGUUUUUUUCUUUUUUUUGGUGCACAUGGAAAUGAAGGAACUUAAAAUCAGAGCCAUCGGGGGGGAGGGGGGA